AUGGUGUCACCCAUUGACUAUUACUACUCCACCUGAGUGGCCUUAGAUGAUUCAUCAUCAUCAUCAUCAGGGCCCCUGCCCCACAGACCCUGGAGCCUGGCCAGCCAGGCGGCGACGGCGUCUGCCCUGGACUCCUGCGGCGACACUGACCCGCUGGCCGAUCCCUGCCCGCGCCUGGAGCCGCUGGAUGGGCCGGGCGGGGCCGGCACGCUGGAGCGCGCCGCCCAGCGGUCGCCCUCCACGCAGUCGGACCGGGCCAGCUCGGUUGCCCGGGACGCGCUAGAGCCGCGCGGUGUGGACGGGGCGUGCGGCGGCUCACCGGCGGGGGCGAACGGUCUGCGCUCGUGCUCGGCCCUGGCAGAUGACGAUCCCAUCGACUCGUCAGGCGCUGAUGACCCUCUCCUGGAUGACGCGUCCGGAGGGAACAGCGAUGAGGAUUUUGACGUUAAUCAGCUGAUGGCAGAGGCGGUGUACAGCGAGCCGGACUCGCCGCCGGCCAGCAGCGGCCGCUCGCCGCCAGGCCCCGUGCGCACCAUCUACGUGCAGCUGGAGGCGCGCGGCUCGGCUGCGCCGGCAGAGUCGGGGCAGGCGGCGGCGCGCGGGCCACACCGGAACGGACUGGCCUCGGACAGCGGCGAGAGCACGCACCGCCGCCGGCUGGCAGAAGCCAUGCGCAGGGUACACAGCCGCCUAGCUGAGCCGGAGGAGUGGUCUGCCUCGGGCCGCAGCCGGCGCAUCAACGGCGUCUACAUCUGCGAGGUGUGCGGUGACACGUAUGCCAUGCUCCGGGACCUGCUCAAGCACGAGAAGGAGCACAAGGAGGCCAAGUACCCCUGCCCGAUGUGCAAUAAGUCCUUCACUCUGCCGAAACUCGUGACCACCACCUACCAGUGUCAGCAGUGCGAGCUCAAGUUCCGCUCGCAGGCGCCGCUGCUCGAGCACAUGCACGAGCACACGGGCGACGCGCACUUCUCGUGCGCCACGUGCGACCGGACGUUCACCAGCGGGCCGCGCUACCGGCCCGACUGCGGCCGCCUCUUCGACACCGAGAAGCGGCUCGCGCACCACCUGCUGCAGCACAUGGGCGAGCGGCCCUGGCGCUGCUCCAUCUGCCACAAGGAGCUCAAGACCAAGUACUCGCUGCGCGACCACGUGCGCUCGCACUCGGGCGAGCGGCCGUUCGCGUGCGAGCUGUGCGCGGCGCGCUUCGCGCUGCGCUCCAACCUCAUCAUGCACGUGCGCUACGUGCACCAGAACGACAGACGCUACGAGUGCCGCGUAUGCGGCAAGAGGUUCAAACGGCGCCGCCUGCUCACCUACCACGAGAUGGUGCACGAGGGCCACCGGCCGCUGCGCUGUCCGCACUGCCCCCUGCAGAUGGUGUACCCGGAGCACCUGAAGCAGCACCUGCGCACGCACUCCGGCGAGAAGCCGUACCGCUGCGACGUGUGCAGCAAGCACUUCAGCCGCGGCGACAACCUCAAGGCGCACAUGUUCACGCACAGCAACAAGAAGCCGUUCGAGUGCCGCCAGUGCGGCCUCGGCUUCAUGCGGAAGAUGUCUCUGGUGCAGCACAUGGAGCAGAUGAACCACGGCGAACAUCCGGACGAUUAUGUCAUCAACCGCACGCUGGUGACGACAGAGCCGGCGCAGCCCGACGAGGUGGUGCACACCUUCGAGCUGGUCGACUCCAAGGACGGACACGUGGUGAUGCUGGUGAGGGGCGACACGCAGCAGGAGAUGCUCAUCGGGGACGGCCGGUUCGUCACCACCGACGGGCACCAAACGGAGGACGGCGGGGGGCCGGACGUGUCGUUCCUGACGAGCGAGGUGCAGUACAUCACGCCGGACGGCCAGCAGCUGGACCUAAUCAUCGACGACCGGGGCGACGCGGAUGGCGAGCCGCGGCUGGACCUGGUGAUCGAGCAGGAUGCCGAGCAGCUGGGGACGCCGGCCGUCAACCCGCGCCAGGUCGGCCUCAUCAUCGAGCAGGCCGAGGCGGCCGGCGAGCGUGUGGCCCUGGUGCUGGAGGGCGGCGGCGCCAUGCUGGAGGAGGACGGCUCGGUGCUGGAGGCGGGAGUCUCGCUACUGGACAGGGACGCGGACCGACCCGCCGCCAUCUGCGACGCGUCAGCUGACUGA